AUGCGGUAUAUUAAUGGAUUGAUGGUGCUAAGAUUAAUAACAAUAUGUAUAGCCAUAUUGAUAGUGAAAGAUUUGGAUAUAAUAUACAGCUUGAUAUGGCUAUCGAUUGACUCAUUGCAUAUGAAAUCCUUUUAUGAGAGCACUACAUUGAGAAACGAUGUAUCUCCGUUAAGCUGGAAGGAUGUGGAUAUAUUCUUACCACCAAAGCUCAAUAAUACAGUAGCCGAGGUGUUACGACUUAACGAAUUAUUAGCUCAUAAGCAGUACAAAUGUAAGGAAGACAUCUCUGUUGGUGACAGCAAAGGAGCUUUUACGAUUUGUAUUGAUGGAAGAUGGAACAAGACUAUACGUGAUGCGUUGUUCAUUAGCGGUUCGCCAGAUGAUUUUGCUUUCUAUUUAACUGCAUUAUUUCCCGAACGAUGGACAUUUUUUGUUCCUGAAGGAUUUGAAGCACUUGACAACUUGGGGAACGUCGAUGCGGAGAUGCACUAUAUGUUCCAUCUAAGCAGUAAUGGUGUGUGGGAUUUUGAUGAGAUAUUGUAUGAAUUGUCGAAUAGACAAUUUGAUACUGUAUUUAUCAAUUUCUAUUCGUCCAUUCAGGAUGAAAAAUUGAAAAUGAGACGAUCACAGGAACUCCGUGAUGCACCCAAGUUAAUGGAACGAGUUUUAAAGGUUUUGCAAUCGGAUCAACUUCACCUGAUCAUUGAAAUAGGAAGAAAUAUGGAAAAUUUAAUAUAUGAUUGGUAUUUACUGCUCUAUCAAAUGUACUUCAAAUAUCAUUAUGCCCUUAUUAAAGCCGAGUCAAGUUCCGCUUGUGACCGUACGAUUCGUAGUUGCUGGUAUCGACUCAGUUUCAUGAGAAAAACACAUCAUGAAGUGGAAUUACCUGUUUUUGGCUUUGGUUCUCCAGUGGAGGAGAAGAAGCGACUUAUGAAGUAUCUAACAACGUUUAGAAAGGAAAAUGUGGGAUGUAAUGAAAUGAGGAAGACUGAAAAUGGUAUACCUAUGCUGUGCAAGCUAAAUAUAACGGAAAAUCCAUGUACUGUUGUUUAUGUGAGUUAUCGCGAAUUUGAAGUGAUGGAGAAUUUCGAACAUUUUCUUCCCUGUAAAGUUUAUUUUUUUUCGCCGCUGAAGUCAAAUCAAAGAUUGGUUUCAAUCCAAAAGGUGUAUCCUUAUGGUGUUUCACCAUAUUUUUCAAAAAACUUCACAGUUUCUGACGAUAACGAUAGCAACUCAUGGUUUUUGAUAACUUUGUCAGAUAUGCUUAAUAUUGUCAGUGAACUUAGAAUAAAUAAAUUUAUUUUGGAUCUUAAUGGUGGAGAAUGGGAUGUUUUUCCUUCAUUGUUGGAAACAAUUCGAUUCAAGAACACUGUCCUGGACGUAGAUCUCAGAGUUCGAUUUUGGAUCGGCGAAGACAAUGAAAACUAUCGCCGUAUACUGAUGUAUUUCUUUCGACUUGAAAGUUUUGGAUUCAAAAAGUUAUAUUCUAAGAUGGUCGAUGAUACUACGGCAAUCGUCAAUUUUAGAAAUAUACUCUUGACUUAG